AUGCACAAAAAAAUAGCGAUUUCUGUCGCUUCCUCUGGAAUAGCAGCUACUUUGUUGGAUGGUGGAAAGACCGCUCACUCUGCUUUUAAACUUCCUAUCAACUUAAAUUUUUCUGAAACUCCUUUAUGCAACAUUUCAAAACAAAGUGAUGCAGCACAUGUACUUAAGGAAUGCAAGUUAAUAAUUGUUUGGGAUGAAGCUACAAUGGCUCACAAGGGAGGAGUAGAAGCAUUGGAUAGAACUCUCCAGGACAUCAGGAGUAGUAAUCGCCUAAUGGGUGGGAUGACCGUCUUAGUGGCUGGGGACUUCAGGCAAACACUACCUGUUGUUCCUCGAGGAACUCGUGCUGAUGAGGUAAGGGCCUGCCUUAAAUCAUCCUACCUAUGGCCUAAGAUCCAAGUUAAAUCCUUACGAGUCAACAUGAGAGUGUACCUUAGAGGCGAUCCUGAGGCAGAGGAUUUUUCCAACUUACUCCUUCAAAUAGGAAAUGGAGAUUUACAAGAAGAUGAUGAUAGGAAAGUGAACAUUCCAAACAAUUUGUGUUCAGUCGUCAAAGAUCUAAAAAGUUUGAGUGAGCAAAUAUAUCCGAAUUUAAAUAUUUUACAUUCAGAAAACCUGACUUGGCUGAACGAAAGAGCCAUUCUUACACCAAAAAAUGACACUGCAGCAAGCAUCAACGACUCCUUAUUGGACCAGCUUCCUACUGAAAUGGCGAAAUAUUCAUCUGUGGACUCUGUUGUGGAGUUAGAUGAUGUAGUUAAUUACCCUGUAGAGUUCCUUCACACUUUAAAUCCACCAGGAAUUCCACCUCACAAUCUAUGUUUAAAAAUUGGAGCUCCAAUAAUGCUAUUGCGUAACCUUAUACCUCCAAAACUUUGUAAUGGCACACGACUUCGGGUAAAGACCUUACAUAAACAUGUAAUUGAAGCAACUAUCUUUACAGGCUGCGGUAGGGGAGAAACAGUUUUUCUACCAAGAAUACCUUUAAUUCCAUAUGACUACCACUUUCAAUUCAAACGGCUACAGUUUCCCAUAAAGGUAUGUUUUGCCAUGACAAUUAAUAAAGCUCAAGGACAGUCUUUUAAAGUGGCCGGAGUGGAUUUAAGGAAUGACUGUUUCUCCCAUGGCCAAUUAUACGUAGCCUGUUCACGUGUAAGCUCUCCUGAUAGUCUGGUAAUACUGCUUCCCGAAGGAAGAACCAAAAAUAUUGUAUACAAGGAGGUACUAUAA